AUGCCCACAUCACCAAAGGAAUCGCACGCUUCCGACACCGAGGGAGGUGAGAGGCCUCUCAGGGAGAGACUGAGAAACGCCACCAUCAAGAGCGUACACCAGCCUGCCGAUACGACCGCGACCUCACAGCCCGAACCUGAGCACGAAAAGCCCCGCGCCAAAUUGCAGCGAAAGCGAAGUCACGAAGACGUUGAGAAUCCAGAAGAAGAGCCCGCGCAUAAGAGUAGACAGGCUCGCAAGAACAAGAGAUCUAGGGAGAACUCGCCCGAGGACAAGGUUGUUGAACAGUCCAGCAAGCGCAAGUCUAGCGAACUCGAAAGAGAUGAUGAGCCAGUAGCAGUGGAGGCACCCCAGCCUUCGGCGCCAUCUACCUCGACUGCCACUGCAACCGAAGCAGACGGCUUGACCAAGUCUGACGAGAGUCCGAAGACGAAGCGUAGCAAGGUCCAUGACACGACCAGCGCCGACACAAUCUCACAGCCGACAUCAGAUGCAAAGGCAACCAUCGAACCUGAGGGAAAGACUGCUGAAGAGCCGACACAACAGGCCGAACCUACUACCAAGAUCCCUGCAGGAAGUGGUUUUGCAAACACUUCUGCAUCCUCGCCCUUUGCUUCUCUGGCCGCCACCAAAUCUCCCACUGAACAACCCUCAUCUACUUCUAGUGCCUUUGCUUCGUCUGCUUUCGGUGCACUUGCUGGCUCUUCCACGUCGGCCUUUGGCGCUCUCGGCCAGAAUAAGACUCUUUCUAGUUUCGCAAGUCCUGGUAGCACUCCUGCACCUGGCGAGGAUGGCGCUAAAGCAGCACCCACACCAAGUGCUUUUGGCGGCGGUCUUGCAUCUACAGCCUCGCCCUUCGCAAGUGCUGGCUCUUCUGCAUUCGGCUCAGGCGCUUCUGGCUUUGGAAAACUUGGUAAUGGUUUCGGCGGAGGUUUUGGAGGUCUAGGCGGCGCUCCGAAGUUGACCAGCUUUGCAAGCAGCGGUACUCCUGGUGUCAUUGGUUCAAGCACAAGAACAGGCAUCACAGCAUUCGGUGCGCCAACCGAGGACGAGGAGGAACAGUCUGGAGAAGACGGCGAGGAUGAAUCCGGAGCUAAGAGCCCGAAACUUAUCGUCGACGAGGACAAGAAGGACACACGCUUCUUCGAACAGGACAGCGAAACCACAGAGUACACAUGUCGCGCCAAGCUGUACUAUUUCGUGGACAAGAAGGAAUGGAAAGAACGCGGAAUUGGUGUUAUUCGAUUGAAUGUUACUGAACCAAAGUCUGGCGACGAGAACUCGACAAUCAAGGCCAGACUUGUCAUGCGUGCGGAUGGCUCACACCGCGUUAUCCUCAACACUCCUAUCCAGAAGGAUCUGAAGUAUGGCGACGUGCAUGGCAACAAGCCCAGUGGACACUUCUUGAGACCACAAUUCGCCGUAGAACUCUGGGAUCAUAUCACAAGUUUGCAGGAGCAGAUGUAG